CGGAAGCGGGCGGUGUCGGCACUCGCUGAGCUCUUUCGGCCGGUUAACGUCGGUUAGUCGCCCUCUCUUCGAGGCGCUGGCCCUGUUACCUGAGGGGAGCUCCUUCUGCACGACAAAUAUGGAGCGGGAAGAGCUAGGCUACGGCCGAGCCGAGGGCCCGACAGGCGAGGCCCCCCAAGUGGGUGCCCCGGCCGAGCCCGAGCCCGCACCCGCGGCCGCACCCCUGCCCGUACCCAUCCUUUUGGGGGUCUGCUACUUGGCCCCGGUCGGGACGAUGCCGCCUCCGCCGGAGAAGAAUCUACCGGGACUGGACGCGAUUGGGGCGGCUGCCGCCGACCCCGCCACCGUCUAUGUUACCGGUGCCUGGGGGGAGGAGGAGGAGGAGGAGGAGGGCCCGGAGGAAGAUCUGGAAGAGGAGGGCGAGAGGCUGUGGACCUCGAUCUUGAGUGACGUGUCUGCUGGGCCCAGGUCCAAACUGCCCGCGGGCAAAACCAUCCUUGUCUUAGGUGAUACUGCUUCGGGUAAAACCACCCUCAUGGCCAGGUUGCAAGGAGCAACUGAAGACAAGGCGGGAAGUGGGUUAAAAUAUCUUUACCUCAAUAUACAUGAUGAAGAUGUAGAUGAUCACACCCGCUGUAAUGUGUGGAUCUUGGACGGAGACUUGUUCUACAGAGGCCUGCUCAAGUUUGUGAUGAAUGCAGAUUCCCUGCUAGAUACCCUGCCCAUCUUUGUGGCAGAUAUGUCUAGGCCUUGGACUAUUAUGAAAUCGUUACAGAAAUGGGCAAGUGUUCUGCGCGAAUACAUUGAUAAGCUAAGGAUCCCCGCGGAGGACAGAAGAAUCAUGGAACUUAACUUUAAAAAGGAUUUUCAAAGCUAUGUAGAACCAGGACAGCGCACCCAAAGAUUUCAAUUCACAAAGCAAAGCAAUGAAAGCAUCUUUUUGCCACUUGGAAACCAUGUGCUUACUCACAACUUCGGAAUUCCUGUACUGGUAGUUUGUACAAAGUGUGAUGCCAUGAGUGUCCUGGAGAAGGCACACAACUAUACGGACGAGCAUUUUGAUUUUAUUCAGUCCCAUGUUCGUAGAUUCUGUUUGAAAUAUGGAGCUGGUUUGAUUUACACAUCUGCCAAGGAAGGAAAAAAUCUUGACAUAUUGUUCAAGUACAUUGUACAUAAAAUCUAUGGUUUUCCCUUCACCACACCUGCAUUACUGAUGGAAAAAGAUGUGGUUUUCAUACCUGCUGGUUGGGAUAACGACCAUAAAAUCGCUAUUUUGCAUGAGAGCUUCACCGACGUAUAUCCAGAGGAUGACUUCGAAGAUUUCAUUAUUCCUCCUCCAGGGCGAAAGUUGGCCCAUUUUAAAGAGGUGGUGGCAGAAGACGACCAAGAAUUUCUCAUGAGGCAACAGGCAAUCCUUGCCAAGCAACAAGACUCACCUACAAGAGAAUCUGAACCUUCUGCAAGAGGUGCUGCAGGCUCUUCAAAAACACAGAGCCAGGCUGAUGCUGCCAAUGUCCCUGAUACUGCAUCUGCUGCAGCAGGUGCAAAUACUAAGAGUGGUUCUUCAAAUGAAGGGGUGUUGGCCAAUUUCUUUAACAGUCUGCUGACCAGAAAAUCCGGCUGUCCUAUGGGUCCUGUGGCUACAGGAAUGCAGAGCACAGCCCCAAAGCCAGGACAAAGACCAGUACUGAGAAAUGUACAAGAAGAACUGGGCAGGAUGAACCGCAAGUCAGAGUCCGCGAAGGCAACAAAAUAUUCAAGAGGGAAACACGCUUAAUAUAGUGCCUUCAAAGAGGCCUCUAUAAAUGACCAAAUAACUCAGUGUACUGAUCUGA